CUCUCACUGACAGUCUCAACUAUCAGACUACGGUCUCAAACCUGGUUUACAAGAAUGGGCGUUUUAGAAACCACAGUUUUGACUUUUGGAAUAGUUUGAAGAACCACUUAUUGUCUGUUCUAGCACCACUCUUGUGUAUUUUGUUUCUCAGCUUCAUCCCCGUCUCUCUCCUUUACCCCUCUCCUGCAUACCCCACUUGCUCUCUCUCCCUCUCCCUUCUUCUCUUUCUUCUUUGCUCGGCUGUUCCUGGACUGAUUUAUUUGGCCCAGUGCGGCAGAGUUAGUGGGAAAGCACCAGCCUAUAUUUGUCGGCUGCUGAGGUUGGAUCUGCUUAAUGGUGGAUGACUUUGGAUCCUCUGUUUGGGUUUAUCUGCUCACACCUGCACCUCCUGUCUCUAGCAUCUGCUUUGCUCUGAAUAAGGAACUAGUGAGACCCUUUGUUGGGUAGUUGCAUAUCCCUGAAUUCUACUGUUGGGAUACAUGGACUUCACCUGUAAAGCAUUUCUUUCAGUGCCUUAUUAUUGGAGCUAAAACAUUAAUUUGGAUCUAAAGCUCGCAAGCUUUGCAGCUCAGCCUCAUUGCCAACAGAAGCCUUAAGUUUUCAGAGUGACUUCUCCCUGGGUGACAAUACCACCUUGGUCAAGAGUGUUUCAGAUACAGAUGCCAAACUUCUGUCUGUCCUUCCUAAGGUUUCAGAGUUGAAGAAAUACUUUGAGGGACCUGUCACAAAGGAUUCAGGAAUGAACAGGAAGGAGAGGAUAGCUCGCCGUCUGGAGGGGAUUGAAAGUGAUGCUCCACCUGCGCUGGUGCCCGGCGGUUUGGUAGCCAACAGAAUGCUGGAGGAGGAUGCUCCGCGGUACACCCGCGCCUCAGAUCCCUGUGAGCCUUGUGUGAUGGUGAGGCGCUACAGUCGAGAGGAGCUGGAGGCCCCCCAGAAGCAGCUGUCUUCUCUAGACAGAUCGGCCCAGGUCAAAGGUGGUGUUGGCAGCGGCCGCACAGAGCCCAUGGUGGUGUACGUUGACCCAGUAACACUAUCAACCUCUUCUACGCCCACAUCUGGCCCCACAGACCCCAGCCUCAGCUCUAAGGCUGAGCGCAUCGCCCGCUACAAAGCCGAGCGCCGCCGCCAGCUGUCAGAGCGUUACGGCAUCCUCCUGGAUCAGGAGGCGGACAUUGAUUACACACCGCGCUACCGCUCCCGGCGAGACACAGACACCUCUGACCGACAGACGGCCGCCAGACGAGAAAGAGACAGACAGGAAGUAGAGGCUCACGGCCGGGAGCCCAGGGUGCCAUAUCGCUCGGGAGUGGGCCGGGUUUACAUGAGGACUCACCCAGAGCCCGCCCCUGUUUCCACCUCCAGCCCCGCCCAGUCAAACCAAGCCCCUCCCCCCACACAAGAGAGGCAAAGAAGAUUUUCAGAGCGGGAAAGAGCAAUGAACAUGGAGAACUACCGGCGCGGCGGGGCUCAAGAGCGCUCCAUCCCUUCUAGAAGCAGAACCCAGGAGCAUCAUCCAGCCCAGCCCCAACAGCAGCAGGAUGCUGUCCACCAGGAUCCAAGCCCCGCUUCCACCAGGGAUUACAGCAUUGCAGCGGUGCCCAGCUCCCCUCGCACCGCCCGUCGGUCCUCCCUGCCCUCCACUCGCUACGGCAUCUCACCAGGGGAUUUAUUUAUAGAGCAGCAGGCCCAGAGCAUCCUCAACAGGCAUGGAAUUCGAGUAAAGGAACGAUUGUCCAGGGAUGAAACCGUCCAGAAGCCCCCUGACUGGAGUCCAGACAGGCAGCAGGGUAACAGACACCGUACUCAGGGGCACACUGCUCAGUAUACGCCACAACGCUCAGAAUCCUCCCAGCAAAGGACUGUUCCCCAGCCUCAGCCCAGCCCAGGCUACCAUCCUGCUCAGGGCAAAACAGCCUACCCUGUCUCAGAGUACCAUCACUCUGGCCCUGCUGUUGACUCUCAGCCCUAUUUGGCCAUCCCUGCCCCAGUGGCUACUGCCAAACUUCCUGGACCUCCUGAGGUACAACCACGAAGAAGAGUGAGUGUCGACCAGAUCCAUGUCUCCCACAAGGAGGCAAGAUUGGAGGCCAGGCAGGCCCUGAAGGAAGAGGCCCACACAGAGGGCCUGCUCAAGAGCAGGAAAGCCGUGUUGCCCUCAGAGAUCCGCAGAAGGGAAAGGAGUGUGGAUGAUACUCACAGGAGCCGGCAUGAAGACGUGGACUUGCAGAACUACAGCCCAGAAUGGAGGAGGGUGAGUCGAAGCGAGGAAGACUGGGAUCCGGAAAGACCUAGGGAGAGGGGGAGGGAGAGAAAUGUCGAGAGGAUUUUAGAAAGAGGGAGAGAGCAUCUCUCAAGCCACGACAGCCAAGAGGAGAGAGCGUUUAGAUCGAUGCAGCUUUCCCACAUCUCUGUACACCAGCAGCCCAGGCAGCAUCAAUCCUCAGACCCUGUGUGCCAUCAAGAGCCCCAAAUUCAGCAGCAAGAGCCACCAACGCAACAACAGUAUGAACCCAUAAAGAGACAACAUGGGGCUCAGCAACAGCAACAGCAAGUUCCUCAAAUGCAGCAUCAGUACGACCACUCGAGGCAGCCACAAGAGCCUGAAAGACAACAGCAGCCUCAAAGACAGCAGGGGAAUGAGCUCCAAAGACAAGAUCCUCCAAAUCAGCAGCAAGACUCCCGAAGAUAUCAACAGGAACCCCAACUACACAAAGUCUUUGAGCCUCAGAUGCAGCAGCAGCAGCCAGAUCCAUCAGGGAACCAGAGGUCUGACUCAGCCAUCUAUCUCCAGAAAGGUUCUUCUCUGCCUCAGGCCAAACACAGAAGCAUGGAGACGAGCGGAGGGCCCAAACCCAAGAUACGAACCCGCUCUAUGUCAGAUAUAGGCAUAAGCCAGCAUUCUGCCAUGUAUCGUAUGGAGAGGGGAGCGCCCACCAGAGAAACAUCGAGGGCCGUCCCUCCAUCAGGGAUGGCUAACGGGGAGAUGGGCUCCCUGGACACCAGGGUGUCAGUAGCACAGCUGCGACACUCUUAUCUGGAGAAUGCCAACCGGAAACCUGAGUUUGAAACUACAAAAGUAGAUCUGACAGCAAUGGAGGUAGAUCCGGCUAGCAGCAGUGACCGGGACAGGGGUGCUCGGAGGCCUCGGCGCUACAUCACUCCAGGAGACAGUCGCAUGUCGGAGAGGUUUAGGACCCAGCCCAUCACCUCUGCAGAGCGACUGGAGUCAGAUAGGACUCGUCUAAGCCCAUCACAGCUACAGGAUCCCGAAGGUGAAGAAAAACUGGAUGACAGAGCCAAGAUGAGUGUGGCUGCCAAGAGGUCUCUUUUCAGGGAGCUAGAAAGGACAUGUGAUGGAAGUGUACCCAAACCGCGCUCUCGAAACGCUGCCGUAGAAAGGCGUCUGAGAAGAGUUCAGGAUCGCUCACACACACAACCCGUCACCAACAGGGAGGUGGUCAAUGCUUCGAGUGACCCUGCCACAUCGUCACAACCUCUGGGAAUCCACACUAAUGCAGCUCGCGUCCCAAGCCCUACUGUAGUCAGCACCAGUGUGACCAGCAUUAGCAUCCAGGCCUCCCCCCAGCCAGGCUCAGCAGUCCUGGGUCAGGAUCAGGAGACCCAGGAGCAGCAGAAAGCAGCUACAGCUCCCAGUGCAGGGGCAGAGGGAGAUGGCCAGGAGCCUUUCUCUAAUGAGCCUGACCUGUCCGCCCUCACCCUGGCUGAGAAGAUGGCCCUCUUCAACCGCCUCGCUCAGUCUACAGGCCAGCCCGCCGAGGGGGCCCGAGGAGACACCCGCCAGCGCAGGGCCAACGCCCGAUUCCAGACUCAACCCAUCACCCAGGGAGAGGUGCAGCAGGAAGCUGAGCUGCCGCUAACCUCUGCGCUGUGUAACGGCGACUUACAGGCCAAUCAGGGACAACAUCUGAAAAACGGAGGUGAGAUCAAACUGGAGCCCCUGUCAGCCUGUCUGAUCCGCUCCGUGGCAACCGUCACCUCCCAAGCCUCCGUCGCCACAGUAACAGUCCCGCCAGGCAGCGGCAGUGGCGGUGGCGGCGACAAUGAUUCUCACCAUCCAGGGAAGUCCACCGCAGUCCCCUACAUCCCUGCCCAACAACAGGCUUCCAGCAGCACAAGCAGCCACCAGGAGAGGGCGUUGAGGUAUUUCUCUAUGACCCAGAGCGGUGAGCCAGGCCACCCCGAGCCUGAGCUUGACUCCUCCCCUCUCAUCCCUGUGAGCCGGCCAGGAGCGGGGGCUCCUCUAGCUCCCACGUCCUCCGCCGGUCUCAGGCAGCAGGGGGAGGCAGUGGAGGAGGGCUUUAGAGAGCGUCACGAGGAGGAGGAGGUUAGGGGGAGACAGCAGGGAGGAGCCAGAGAAGAGAUCCGAGACGGCAGCAUUGAGGGAAAGCUGCACUCCCCCGACAGGGACCGGGACGGCAGGCAGCAGCAGCAUCCCCAGCCUCAUCCCUCUGCCGAACCCUCUCCAAGGAGAGGCCAAUCAGAGCCUCUGCCCAGCCGGCGAGCCGCAGACGGACACUCCCAGGAGAGCAGGGAGAGAGCAGAGGGGGGAGGAAGAGGAAGACGGGGGUACCUGAGAGAGGCAGCUCACGUCUCCUCCACACAGGAGCAGGAGAGGAGCAGCAACUGGAGCCAGCCAGGCAUCUCAGACUUGCCGGAUCAUCCUGUACCACUGAGGCCCCUGGUAGCUAAAGUGUCAUCCAGGACAGUGUCUCACGUUUCAAGCAGACAGCAGCAAAUCAACACCCAGCCUCCUCAAACUCUUCCUAAACCCUUCACACAGCAGCCUCCUCCAACACCCCCCAAACCUCCGGCCAACAUCCAACCCCAGCCACCCUCCCAGCCCCCACCAACAUACCCCAAACCUUUCAUUCAGUCCCCACAAACCCAGCCCCAACUUCAGGGAUUUGUGCAGACUCUCCCUAAACCUUACCAGCAGACAGCCCCUCAGCCUCAACCCAAACCCCAGGUGCCUCCGCAGACACCACCCAAACCCCAGUCCUUCCCCCAGGCGCUGGUCAAGUCCCAGUCCUUGCCCCUGGACCACAGCGAGGACUUCAACAGGCACAGUGUCCAUUCUGGAGAUCUGCUGUCCCCCACAGACUCUGGAGACCCGCUGUCUGACGACAUGUCCGCCAAGCAGAUGUCCAUCAAGGAGAGAGUGGCACUGCUGAAGAAGAGUGGUGAGGAGGACUGGAGGAACAGGAUCAACAAGAAACAGGAAGUGGUCCAAGUGGCAUCCACGGAGACGCAGGCUCAGCUAUGGGAGUCAGAGCAGACCUGCGACAACAAGGAGGAAGGGGUGGUCAUUCAAGACUACUCGGCUGUGUCUGUGUCUGAACAGCUGUGGGAACCUGUCUUCUCUUCCACCUUUUCUCCUACUAUCUCCCUUGGCCAAAAGUGUCAGUAUAUUGACCAUCAUAGUCAGAAGGUGGGAGAGGAGAUUGAGGCCCAGAUAUCCAUUGAGGAGAGAAAACAGAUGAUUUCUGUGCGUGAGGAGGCCUGGAAGACAAAGGGAAAAGGAGCAGCCAAUGACUCCACCCAGUACACCGUGGCUGCACGUAUGGUCAAGAAAGGCCUGGCAGCCUCUUCCUCAGUUAUCAGCCCCAUCCUGUCGCCGGUCUCCACCAAACUCAAGAGCAGCGUGCCUGCUGUCCACAAACCACCAGAGGAAAUUGAGGCCAGACCAGAAAUGGAAUCGGAUAAGAAACUAGACAAGUUGGAGAGCUUCUUGGGACGUCUGAACAGCAAAGUGGCAGGUCUGCAGGAAACUACCUUAACAGUUACCGAGAAGGCAGUGAAGGAAGUGAUGAAGCUGGACGACGAAAUCUUCUCUAAGUUCUACAGACACGUUGCUGAAUUUCCACGCAUGCCCACCAGGAUCGAGAUCAGUGAGGAUUUUGACGCCAUCUUUGGUUCUCAGGGUCCCAAGUUGACUUCGGCCAUGGUGCAGCAUAAGCGCUCGGUGCGUCCAUCCAGGAACGUCCAGGCGUCAAGAAACCCUGUGAAGAUGCUGGCAGCCAGAGAGGACAUCCGACACGAGUACACCGAGCAGAGGUUGAAUGUGGCACAGCUGGAGAGCAAGAGGAUCAAGGCUGCGAAGAUGAAUAAAAGCUCUGAGUAUUCUGAGGCUGCUCUGGCAGGUCUGGCCAGUAAAGAAAACUUCAGCAGCGUGAGUCUGCGCAGCGUCAACAUCUCGGAGCAGAUGUCUAACAACAGCGCCGUGCCCUACAAGAACCUCAUGCUGAUGCAGGUCAAAGGUCGUCGUCACGUUCAGACCAGAUUAGUGGAGCCGAGAGCAUCAUCACUGAACAGCGGCGACUGUUUCCUGUUGGUCACUCCAGAGCACUGCGUCGUUUGGAUAGGAGAGUUCUCAAAUGUCAUCGAGAAGGCUAAGGCAAUAGAUCUGGCCACCUUCAUCCAGACAAAGAAGGACAUGGGCUGCAGGGCCAACCAGGUGAAGACCAUCGAGGAGGGGGUCAACCCACAGGGUCUAGAUACCCAGCAGUUCUGGACCAUCCUCGGAGGACAGACUGCUUAUCAACCUGCAGGUCCACCCGAGGAGGAUGAGCAGUUUGAGAAUGCCAUUGUGGAAACCAACUGUAUCUUCAGACUGCUGGAUGACAAACUGGUUCCUGAUGAUGACGAGUGGGGGAAGGUCCCUCGCAGCUCUCUGCUGGCACCCAAGGAGGUGUUGGUGUUUGACUUUGGCAGUGAGGUGUAUGUGUGGCACGGUAAGGAGGUGACCCUGGCCCAGAGGAAAGUGGCCUUCCAGCUCGCCAAACACCUUUGGAACGGGACGUUUGACUACACCUGCUGUGACAUCAACCCUCUGGACCCUGGAGGCUGCAACACACUCAUACCCAGGAAGGGCCAGGGCCGUCCUGAUUGGGCGAUAUUCGGCAGGCUGACAGAGCACAACGAGACGAUCUUGUUCAAAGAGAAGUUUGUAGACUGGACCGAAGCAAAGUCGCCAACACCAAAGGAAGGUGGCGAGCUCGUACCUGAGCAGAAGGAGGCCCCGCGGAAGGAAUGCCGGCCCUACGACACUACCCUGAUGCUGCCCGUCCUCCAGUCGUCUAUUUCCACCAUCUUGGACGGGGUGAAUGUGGGCCGUGGCCACGGCCCGGUGGAGACCGAGGACCACAUGAGGACUCAGGAGAUCAGCACGGUGUCGGUGGACGUCUGGCACAUCCUUGAGUUCGACUACAGCCGCCUACCGCGCCAGAGCAUCGGCCAGUUCCACGAGGGAGACGCCUACGUGGUCAAGUGGAAGUACACGGUCAAUACCUCGGUCGGUCGCAGGCAGAACCCUGAGGCGAGGAGCAGCGGGCCGGGGAAGGAGAAAUGCUGCUACUUCUUCUGGCAAGGUCGACACUCCACUGUCAGCGAGAAGGGAACGUCAGCGCUGAUGACGGUGGAGCUGGACGAGGAGAGAGGGGCGCAGGUUCAGGUGCAGCAGGGAAAGGAGCCUCCAUGUUUCCUGCAGUGCUUCAACGGAGCGAUGAUCGUCCAUGCUGGCAAGAGGGAGGAGGAGGAGGAGAACACUCAGAGUGAGUGGCGUCUGUACUGCGUGCGGGGCGAGGUUCCGCUGGAGGGCCACCUGCUGGAGGUGGCAUGUCACUGCAGCAGCCUGCGCUCCAGAGCCUCCAUGAUCCUGCUCAACAUCAACAAGGCCAUCAUCUACCUGUGGCACGGCUGCAAGACGCAGCUCCACACGCGUAGCGUGGGGAAGACGGCCACGCUCAAGAUCAAAGAACAGUGUCCACUGGAGGCGGGUCUCCACAGCAGCAGCAAGGUGACCAUCCAUGAGUGUGAUGAGGGAGCGGAGCCUCCAGGCUUCUGGGAGGCACUCGGGAGGAAAGACAGGAAGGCCUACGACUGUAUGCUGCAAGAUCCAGGUAAAUUCAACUUCACCCCACGGCUUUUCCAGCUGAGCAGCACAUCUGGAGACUUUGCGGCAAAUGAGUUCUUCCACCCGUCCAGAGCUCCAGACCUGGUCAGCUCCCUGCCCUUCCUGCAGGAAGACCUGUACAACGCACCGCAACCUGCGUUGUUCCUGGUGGAUAACUUCCACGAGGUUUACCUGUGGCAGGGCUGGUGGCCUCAGGACAGCGAGAGCACUGGGUCGGCUCGCAUCCGCUGGGAUGCAGACAGGAAGUGUGCCAUGGAGACGGUGCUGCAGUACUGCAAAGAUAAGAACGAGAAGAAGCCUCAGAAGUCGUAUCUGAUUCACGCCGGCCUGGAGCCACUCACCUUCACCAACAUGUUUCCCAGCUGGGAGCACCGAGAGGACGUGGCUGAGAUAACCGAGAGGGAGGCGGAGGUGUGUAACCAGAUUAUCCUGGUGGAGGACGUGUUGGCCCGGCUCUGCCAGAACAUCUUCCCUCUGGCUCAGCUGCAGGCCCGGCCGCUCCCAGAGGGAGUCGACCCGCUCCGCCUCGAGAUCUACCUGUCUGAACAGGACUUUGAGAAGGCUUUGGAGAUGAAGAGAGAGGAAUAUGAAGGUUUACCAGGGUGGAAGCAAGUGAACUUAAAGAAGGCCAAAGGACUGUUUUGAGGAAGUUUUUAAAUGGAAGAGGGAAGGCGGAUAAAAAGUGGACAGUUGAGAUGGAGACACAGGAAAUGUCACAUACCUGUGAAACCUGUUUUGGUGUUAAGACACGAGGACAUCGAGAUAGAAAGUAUCAGAAUCGGAAGAAAACCUACAUGAAGGAUGAGAUUGGAGAUGCACUCCCCUUGCUUAUAGUCAUGCUUUACCUUUCAACUUUGUCAUUAAAUAACAAAAUGGAAUUCAAAACGGUUUAAGAGAAGGUAAAAACACCUUGCUUUGGUUCAUACAUGGUAUUUGUGCGUAUUUGGAGUUUCCUCCAAACAUUAAAAGUCAACACUCGUGGACUUAACGGAUGGAAAUGUGCACACUAGAACGCUCGGUGUCAGAGUGCCAUGCUAUGGUUGUGUACGUAUGUUGAAUGAUUGUAUAUAAUCUUUGUGUGUAAUGUUUAUUUGUGUAAAUGUGUGUGUAUCUAUGUAAAAACAGAUCCUGUCACGUCAGAUGUUGUAAGGAAAGUCGUCGUUCUAUUUGUUGUCUACAGUGUCUGGAUGCUGUCAGGCCACGUAGGGAACUCGUGUCGCUCGGUUGUGUUAAACUGCUCAAGUGGCUCUGGACUUACUGAGAUGUAAGAGUUGUAAUUUUAAAGGUUUGACCUGUACGAGAAAGAGAAACAGCAGCUUGUUAAAUCUGAAUGUAUAGUGCCUUGCUUUUUGUGUACAGUUUAUAUACAGAAAUCCUAGUCUGCAUUUUUAAAGACUUUCUUUGUGAUAUAAGACAUAGUAAAUUAAAUCACAAUAAUGCUCAACUCAA